CAGGAUUCGAGACAGCCCAGGGUUUCCUCCUCAAUACUCAGAAGUCAGAGUUGAGAGACAGGCAGAGGUAACCUACAGAGACACACAGGGCGGACAGGAGCCUGGAAUUAAGGAACAAUCAAGAUGACGGAGAAGGAUGAACAACCACAGCUGGAGGAGGGAGAGGAUGACCUGGACAGCAAGCUCAACUACAAGCCGCCCCCUCAGAAGUCCCUGAAGGAGCUGCAGGAGAUGGACAAAGAUGACGAGAGUCUAACCAAGUACAAGAAAACACUGCUGGGAGAUGUCCCUGUGGUAGCAGACCCAACAGUUCCCAACGUGACUGUGACCCGGCUUAGCCUUGUUUGUGACAGUGCACCAGGACCAAUCACCAUGGACCUUACUGGUGAUCUCAAGGCCCUCAAAAAGGAUACAUUUGUGCUAAAGGAAGGUAUCGAAUACAGGGUCAAGAUUAACUUCAAAGUGAAUAAGGAUAUUGUGUCUGGCCUGAAGUAUGUUCAGCAGACGUACCGGAAUGGGAUGAAAGUGGAUAAAGCUACGUUCAUGGUUGGCAGCUACGGGCCUCGACCGGAGGAGUACGAGUUCCUCACUCCAGUAGAGGAGGCUCCCAAGGGCAUGUUGGCCCGAGGCACUUACCACAACAAGUCCUUCUUCACCGAUGAUGACAAGCAGGACCACCUCACCUGGGAAUGGAACCUGGCCAUUAAGAAGGAUUGGACAGACUGAGUGCAUCUGUCCAUCCCUCCCGCCCGGACCAUGUUGAUCAUCGCGUUCUCCCUCCUCCCUCCCUGUUCCCUGCUGGGUCCUUUAUCACACACACACACACACACACACACACACACACACACACCCCUCAUCACUGAUAUGUUUUAUCUUACCCCAUCUCUCAGAGUGUUCCCUUAAAACCCAGGCUUUGACCCGGCAUGUUCCCUCAGUCUCCCCAGAGCAGAGCAAGGCCAGAGUUCUGAAGUUCUCCAUCUCAUUUAGUGGCCUCCUCUCUUCUCCCAGCUUGAGUCUUGGAGGCCAGGCUGUCGCUCAUGGCUCUGUGGCCUUCUGUUCAGAAACUUAUUCUUGCCACUGGUUCAACGAAUCUCAUCACCCUCUCUGCCAAUGGGAGCUCUUCUUUGUGGGAGACACUGUAAACAACACCAAAGGAAAAAAAUAAAACCACUGUGUGUGUGACUGAGA